AGUCAGUGCCGUUUGGGGCCAUCAGCAAGAAGCAGGAUUGUAACGGUAUAUCCUGCGUCGUCGCGCAACUGUUUGUCCAAAAAAAGAGUCAAGCAGCAAAAGAACCAAAAAAAAAAUAUCUAUAAGAAACAAAAAAAGCAAAAAUUAAUAAUUUUAUAAAUACAUAGAAUAACAUCCAUCAAAAAACCAAUCAAUGCAAAUCGAUAACUAAAAAUGCCUUAGCACAAAAUUCCAGCAAAAUUGCUGCUAUGUGACCUUCGUGUGAGGCAAUAAUGUCCAAAAAGUAUGCAACAGCAACAACAACAACAAAAUAAGCAAAAAACACACACGACACACACGAAUUUCAAUUUCAAGGUUAAUGUGCAGCAGUGUCGCAAUAACAACAACAACAACAACAACUGCAGUAACAACAUCAACUACUAAUACAACAAAAGCAGCAGCAGGAAUAAUAAUAACAUCAUCAACAGCAAAUUAAAUAGUAACCAAGCACCAAAAAAAAAAACGCAGCAGCAACUUCGGCCCCAACAACAACAACAGCAAUAAUAACAUAAAAUAUUCUUAAUAAUUAAAAAAGAGAAGAAGAAAUUCCUGCAAAUGCAAGUGUUACAAAAUGUUUUGUGUUAUCGAUAUCAGUGGCAUAUAAAAAUCGUUUAUCGUUCGCAAGCUUACAAUUAAUCGGGACUUUCGUUUCGUUGCGUUACGUUACGUUGCGUUGCAUUCACUUACGUUCGAUACGUUACGUUGCGUUGUGUGUUUUCUUCCCCUCCUCCCCUUACGUUAUACUUCAUUUUGAACUGCUUGCUGCCGAGCCUGCCAUGUGUAGAGAGAAUGAGCCGAUCAGCUGUGCGAGCCACGACUAGAAACUGCAGUGCAUGUUAAUUGAAAUUGAAAGUAAAAUCGAGCAUUGAGUGCCAUCUGUUGGCUGAUAGCGUGUGUGCCUGUGCUCCAAGUGUAACUGCAGAACCGUGGGGAUUCAUGCCGCUAGCCGGAGUGUUAAGAGACGAGCCAAGCAGUUGCCAGGAUACGCUUGGAGCCGCCUUUAAGGCAGCGGAGGAGACGCAGCAGCAGCAGCAGCGGGCACAGCAGCGGGUGCAGCAGCAGCAGCAGCAGCAACAGAUCGAAACGAAACCCACAUAUUAAUGAUGAUGAUGGGGCCAUGAGCCCAUCAUUACUCGCAUUGAAUUGGAGUCGCAAGCGCGUCUCAAGCGGGCCUGCACCAUGCUAGCACCGCCGAACCCGAGGUCAAUAUGCGGCCAGGACCCGGGCUGGUCGUGAUGGCGCUUGCGUUUAUUUCGGGGGCUCGGCGUGCCAGCACCAGCAGCAGCAGCAGCGGCAGCAGCAGCAGCUCGUUACUACUAACAACAACUGGAGGAACAUCCACAGAUUCAACCACAGAAACAGGAACCAGAGCAACAACAAUACCACCAGCAAUAACAACGACGACAGCAACAUUAUCAGCGACAGCAGCAACGUUACCGUCCACCUACGACUCGGCCAGCGGCAGCAGCGAGUCGUUCAACUUCAACGCUGGUGGCGGCUUCACAUUUCUGCUGCCAACAUUCCGCGACGGUAGCCCUGGUGACGGCGGCCGUCCCAGCAGCAGCGACACCGCCGACCAUUCUAACAGCCACCACACACACAGCCACAGUCACAGCCCACACACGCACACGCCCAUCCACAGUUACGCCCACCACGCUGACGAUCGACCGCCGCUCAAUUUUGAUUUCUACCGCCGACCAACGCUGCACGCACCCAACGACGACGACGACGACGAAUCGUUGCUUGCCUCAUCGACGCGACGUGCCCGCAGUGUCGACGAGGCCACACGGCAAGCGGGCGGUCAAGACAUCGACGGACGGGGCACGGGUGGCGGCGGAAGCGGCAGCAUCAGCGGAGGCGGCACAGAGUCGGCGGCGGUUGUGCCAGAGUCCAGCGAGGCGACGCUCAUCAGCGAGAACGACGACGUUGAGCCUGAAACGGAGCAGGAACAGGAGCGGGAGCGUGAGCGUGAACGUGAGGAGGAUAACAGCGGUCUGCCCGUGCAGUACGCCUCGUCGCGUGCUUUAGAGGAAGACACUGAUACCGAGGCAGACGCGGACGUGGUUGCGGACGAGGACAUCUUUGCGCUGGUCGCUGAGGACGAUCUGCUGUCGGAGGAGUCCUUUGAUCGUUUGAUCAAGUUGAGCGAAGACGCCGAAACCGCUGCUGCCGAGGAGGAGGAUUACAAUCUCUCCCUGACACAACCGCAACAGCAACCACAGUCGGAUCAAAAGUUGGAGCAGCCGGAAUCGGAGCCUGAGCCGGAGCCGGAGCCGGAGCCCGAGUCGCAGCAACAGGACGAAAGUCGAUUAGUCGAUGAAAGCGUGCUGCAUGCGGAACACAACGAGCAACACGCCGAGGAGGAAAGCAUUAGCAUCAGCAACAACAACAAACGUGAGACAGGUGAGGAACGGAGCAGGGGCAACGACGCUUAUGCGUCGCAUCUGAUUGCAAUUGCCCAAAGGGACGGUGGCACUUUGGCGGCCGAUGUUGCAACACCAACAACACCAAACCCAGCAACAACAACAACAGCAUCAAAGCCUGCUGUGGACCUCAAGAAAUCCAUACUCGGCACUGCGACCGCCAUAACACGCCUUAAUCCUUGGAUAUCAGCUUGUGAUCUGGCACAGCCCGGCACAACUGGCACCGACUUGCAGGGUCAGUGCUCAGCUGGUACACUGCCCAUGGCCUGGGUCGAUGAAGGACCUGGCCCGCCAAUCUGUCCGCGAUCCUGUGCUGAGCAACAGCCAACGGACAGCAGCGCGAGUUCGAGUGCGAGUGCAAGUCACGCUGCUGAUAAUAAAGUCAAGUACUUCAGAAAUGCCAAUACGAUUAACUAUAAGUCGCGUUUAAGCCACAGCAGCAGCAGCAGCAGCAGCAACAAUAACAAUAAAGCCAUGUCGCGAAUGCGUCGUGAAAGAGAAUGGCAACUGGAGGGAGCCAACGAUGCAGCCACAGAGAUGGCAUCAACAACAACAGAACGCGAACAGGAACUUGAGCUGGACAUGGAGGAGGAGUUAGAGGCAUCCACGCUGGCAGCCACAAGUAGCAGCAGCAAUGCGGAUGAGCUGGAUGAGCAAUCGAUGCCCACAUUGCUCUACAGUCAUCUGCAGACGCACGAGCAACUCAGCGCAAAUGAGCAACAACAGCAACAACAGCAACAACAGCAACAGCAACAACCACAGCAGCAACAACAACAGUGCCUUGAUUACCUGGGCGAUGCCGCCGAGACAAGUCCACAGCAUUUGUGCGGACUGCGAUCGCCUGGUCAGCUGCUGGCGCGUCUGCGCUCAUUGCGUUUGCGGCAUUGCUGCGAGCGGAGCGUGUUCAGUGCUCUGCAUACGCUGGCGUUGAAUGCCACGCUGACGGAUCGCAACGAGUGUGUGCGACUGCUGAGCGAUCUACUUGAAGUGGAUGCGUUGUCCAAUCGCAUCACCUGCGAGCUGGCCGAAAUACUCUUUCGCUUCGACUGUCGUCAGGUGUAUUCGCUGAUCAAUCAGUGCGAUGACUGCAAGGAAGCCUAUCGUCGCUGGGUUUGCAGCACGCUUGUGCCGUAUUUUGCCGAGCCCCAGGAUGUUGAUGCAGCACCGCCACCGCCAACAACAACAAAGCCGAAAACACAACAACAAACAACAACACCAGCCGAUGACCUGGCGAAUCGGGGGGCCAAUGGCAGCGGGUGUGAAGAGCAAGCGAGCUGCGAGAAGUGCAGGCGUUCAAGGUGCUGCCGUUGUUGUUGUUGGUGUUGGUUUUGGUGGGAGCGAUGGCAUCAAUGGAUCAAGCAUAAAUCUCAGAAAUUAAUCAGCAAUAACAAUAAAUCAAAUAACGGCAAUAACAUGAACGAGCGUCAGAUUAAUCAACAGCAUGAUGAGGACAUUGAGCUCCAGCAGAAAGCGACGGCGACGGCGACGGUAGAGAGCGAAAGGGACAACGAUGAGAGCGAGCGAGAGAGCGAGAGUGUGGCACAGGCAUUCUACAAUGUUGUUGGCAUUGGCCAGCAUCAAUCGCAGGCCCAGAAGCGACAACAACCACAACCACAGCCACAGACUGCGCCGCAGUCACAGUCACAGUUGCAGCCACAGUCGCAGGAUAACAAGCGCAAGGACAACAACAGCAGAGCAGCCAAGGCCGGACAACAACAAUUCAAUAAUUUCAUAUCGACUGCCAAUAAUGCGGAUCCCAGCGCAGCGGAUCCAGUGAUAUCAAAACUACAAAAGAGAUCAACACGCAAGGCAGAGUUCCGUAAGCGCCGACGCAUUCGACCCUGCCUCAGCGUUUGCCAAACCGUGGAACAAAAGUGCCCCUAUCUGCUGCCCGCCGAUCGCGCCCCCGCGCUGCCCACCCAAUAUGCCGGCGAGCCGACAUUCGUAUGCCUAGAUCAAAAUAUACCCGAGACCGGCGAGCAGCUGAAGAAAUCCAGCUACGGACCCAACGACUGCUGCUACAGUUACUGCAACGGACCCACAGCGGGCAUCUGCACCAUCUGCCAGGACUUUGCGAUGCCCACGAUGUCCACCACAGCCAACUCCAACUCCAACUCCAAGUCGAAUUCCAGUUCGAAUGCGAGCGGACAUCGUGUGCACAACAUAACACUGACGAUGAGCUCUCCGGCCGGGGAGCAUGCACGUGCGGCGAGCGUCUCGGUGGCGCUGCGCAACGUGAGUGGGGCCGAGAAGAUGGCCGGCGGGGAGCUGUUGGAGAGAUUGCCCUACUAUGCACGGCAUGAGAGCAUCUACUAUUACGACGACGACGACGAUGAGGGCAGCGUUAUGCCUGAGGUGGCACUAUCUGACGGCUGUGCCGCGGUGCCAUCGGUGAGCAGCCGCUGUGAGAUACCCUACUAUGCAUCCGGUGUGGCGCCGUCGCCGCCAACGCAGCUGCUCGUCUGGCUGAGCGCUCUGCUCGGUCUGCUGAGCAGCUGUGGGGCAGCGAGGCAGCGCUGUGCACGUUCCCGCAGCAGCAGCAGUUCAGCCACUGGACGUGUCGACUGUGCGGCCAGCUGUCACGAGCUGUUGGCCAGUUCAUCGAUGUCCAGCGGGGAGCGGGCGAUGGAGCGGGAGCGGGAACGUGGCGACAGUCCAAGGCGCUGUCGAGACGGCAGCAUGAAAGGAAACGGAAGUGCAAGAAGCUUCACUGCCAGCCUGCAAGCCUGGGCCUGGGCAUGGGCGUGGGCGUGGGCGUCGCCAACGAACUGGGCGUGGUCAUGUUUAGGGGCAUGGCUGUGGGUGUGGGUGUGGGUGUGGGUGUGGCCGGUGAAUACUUAUAAAGUAAUGUGUAGGAAAGUGCGAUAUUUUAGGGGCGGCAGCAGGAGUAAAUUAAAAAUCGAACGCAUACGCGAUGGCGAUGGCGAUGGCGAAAUGAGGUCUAGAGAUAGUUGUAUAAUUAACUAUAGAGACUUACAACAACUAAUACGAAUCAAGUGCAGCGAUAGGAAUAGAAACGCUAGAAAUUAUCGUUACUUCUACUACUACAACUACAACAUUAACGAUUGGUGGCGAAGAUGGAAGUGGUUCGUUAAAGGAACCAUCGCUAUUGGCGCCUUAUAGUGCAUGCAAUUAGUAUGCGGUCACCUGCAGACUGCCCCACAUUGCAGAUUGAAGUUAUAUAAUGUCAUUAAUUGUAUUUCGUACUCUAGAAAAUUACUCGUAAUGCUAGCUAAUUAAAACGAAACGAACCCCAAAACAAAAAACAAAAAAACCAAAUAAAAUACAACACAAAAAUGAACAUCAACUGGAAAUUGUCAGUUGAGUGUAAAGAACAUAAAGAAAAAGAACAACAAAUUAAAAAUGAUUAUAUAUAUAUACAUAAUAUUAAUUAUAAUAAUGACAGAAAAGUGCGGGUCCUUCAGCCUGAAAUGAAUGGAGGGGGAAAAAAAAUGGAAAAUGCGUAUGUAAUGAAAUGAAAAUGAAAAAGAAUAACACUUUAAAUAUUUAUGGUCCUCUUUCAAGUGAAAUAUAAAUGAAUAACAAAACCAAAAAAGAACAAAAAAAAAGAAACCAAAUAUGAAAAAAAAGUAAAACAAAAAUUAUAAAUCUCUAUUAAAACCUAAACAAAAAAUAGCAUAUUUUAUUACAACUAGAAACAAAGAAUAUAUUAAUAUUUAAUUAAACAAAAAACAACUGCCACAAAAAUAGGUUUUUUAGGUAAACAUUAAACAAAACCAGAAAGAUAAACCAAAACCACAAACAAAAACAAAGCGAAACAAAAAAACAAACAUUUAACAAAAAAGUAUAUACAAAAAUCCAAAAAACCAAAAAACGAUACAUUAAUAUACAUAGUUAUAAACUUAAAUAACGGCAAAGCAAAACAAAAACAAAAAAGAAAAUGAAAAGAAGGAACAGAUAAAAAACGAGCAAAUUUUAGGUUAGCUAAAACAAAAACAAAAUGAAAGACAAAAUGGAUAAACUUGAAAUAAUAUUUACAACUAGACUAAUGAAAUUCCAAUAAAAAAACGCAUACUUACAAAAUUCGCUGCAUACCAAAUGAAUAAAACAAUUAGUCAAAUCAAAUUCAAAGUAAAUUAAUAAUAAAAAAUCAGACACUAAUACACAUACACAUACCUGCAUACUCAGCCACUCACACACACAACCAUACAAUCACAAUAGACUCAAUACAAAACUGAAAUAGGCCGCUUAUCGAAACCAUUUUCAAAAGAACAUACAGCAUUUAAGAAAUGAAAGAAUAAAUGAAAUGAAAACCAAAUAUGAAACAUGAGAAACUUUACUUAUUGCAUAAAUUAGUUUUAAACAAAUCAAAUAUUAUAACAUAGUCACAAAAGGAAUCGAUUUGAUAGAAGAGGAAAACCAAAACAAAAAAAAAAAAACAUAAAGCAAAUAUAAUUGAAAAAGAAUUAGAGGAGGAGAUGGGAGAAGUAACAACCAAAAAUGUGUCUAAGAUUGUCUUUAUUUAGUUUUAAAAAAAUGAACUUUGUAUAACCAAAAGAAAAAAACAAUAUAAAGCGCACAGUAAACUUAUCUUAUAAGGUUCAUUGACAACAUAGAAGCGAAAAAUAAUGACGAAGAUGACGAAGAAGAAGAAGAAGAAGUAGAUGAGGAGUAAAAGGAAGAAGCAGAUGACGACGAAGAAAAAGCAGAUGAAGCAUAUGCAUACGAUUAUAUACGAGAUUAGAAAAGGGGGAUCUAAAAAAAAGUAAAAAGUAAAGUAAAGUAAAGUAUAGCUUAGGUAUACACAGGUAACACAACGUGCAACGUGCAACGCAGAUGUAGCAACAGCAGCAACAACAACAACAAAACAAAAACAAAAACAACAACAACAUACCUACUAAAAAUAAAUAGUGCAUACAAAUAAUAAUAAUAAAAUAAAUAAUGAAAAUUUUUGUAAUAAAGUUAACUCUAUGUAGCGUACAUAUACAUAAAUGACAAAACAACAACAUAAAUAUAUAUAUUAUAUAUAUUUAUAAUUAAUAAUUUAUCGUACAUACUUGCAGCAAAAACAAAACAAAAACCAAAACUUGAAACUAUAGGCAAACAAUAAAGAAGAAAACAAAAGAAAAACAAAAUAAUAGUAAAGAAAAUUGACGAUGAUAUAACAUUAUGGUAUAUAAGUAUUAUAUGAGAAUAAUUAGUUACUAAUUGAAAAUAAAACGAUAAAACGAUGUAUUUGGUAUUAACUAAUUGCCUAUUGAAUUAAGCAUGUACCACCAACAUGACUCAACUCAACUCAACUCAACUCAACUCAACUCAACUCAACUGAACUCAACUCUCAAUUCUCGAAACUCACCUCACACCUCUCGUUAUUCACAUAUUUCACACAAUUCACCUUUCCAAGUCUCGAUCUACUCGCACAACUGUUUGAGAGUUUUUUCGGCACUUUGCUUUCGUUACUGUUCUUCCUUUCCACAACUACGCUCUCACACACUCUCUUACCUUUUCUCUCUCUCACUGUCUUUAUCACGUUCUCUUUCUCUGUGUGUAGCUUCAUUUUCGAAGAGGUUAAGGCACUGCAGGCAGUACUAAGAACCCGAUUUUAAGAAAGAUCUCUGUUUUUUUCUUCUCACCAAACUGACGCAUUACUUUAAAAAAAGGACAAACAAAGAAAUUCUCUCUCGUGUUUUUUUGAUGGUGGAGCAGCGCACAUUAUUUGUGUGUUAUGUUAGGUGUUGUUGUAGAUAACAAACUGUAAACGUAAUUAAUGACAGCAGCUGCAAAAAAAAAUGGCACUUACUUAUGUAGCAGAUUAAUCUUGCACUCUAUCAAACUUCCCAAGAAAACUUUUCUGUCACAGCUGAAUUCGAUUCUUCUUUCUCUACUUAAUAUAAGCCAACUUCAGUGAGUAUCAUUGAACAACAUUUAUAAAGAGAUGAACUACUACUAACUAUGCUUAAAUUCUUGAUGAAACUCAAGCUCCUUGUUCCCACCUGAGCUGAACAGCUUUUGCUCCUCAUUUCCAUAUCAAUUACUCAAUGCAACAGACAACCUGCUAUUUGCCUUUGUAAAUACACAUACACGUACACGCAUACACAUACACAUCACACUCAUACAUAAACAUACACAUACACAUACAAAUAAAGGAAGCCAGAAAAACUCGUUGGAUAUAAAAAGUAUGCAAUGCAUUUCAAUUUCAAUUUCGAAUUCUGUUUGAAUUUCUGAUUAAUUUAUGAGAGUUCUUUGCUUAUUUGUUGAUUUCUGAAUUUGAGAUAUGAGAAUUUACAAAACAUAAAUGAAAUGAAAAACACCGAACAUGUUCUCGACCUCAAAUAAUUGUGUGUGUUUGUGUAUUUCUAAUUAACUGGGAGUAUGAACAAAUUUAACAAACAAAAAAAGAAAAAAAAAACCACAAAGUAUAGAAACAUAUAUUAAAAACAAACGAAGAAAAUGAGGAAAACACACGUUUUGAGGCGAAAAACAUUUCAAAGCGAGAGCCGCUGGCACAAAUUGCGCGCAUAUGCAAAUUGUUAUGAAUUAUUGUGUACUUUUGUAAAACUUUUUGAUAUAUAUAAUAUAGUUAACAUGAAUAGAUGCCUAAAUAAUAAAUUAAAUGUUAAUUUAUUUAAAUGUAAACAAUAAACAAAACAAAAUGCAAAACCUCCCCCCC